UCUCGAGAUUAGAUUAAAACACAUGUAGUCACACACACAAUGUCGCCACUAUGCACUCAGUUUAAAGAAAAAAAUAAUAAAAAAAUAAAAUAUUGUGGGUAGACUGCACUUCCCUAUAGAAUAUUCCGUUCGGUUCGUCAUUCACAUUUCAGUGCUCCGCCACUUUGCAUUAUUAAUCGUGUCAGUGUUAUUUUUAUCGGCAGUUUUAGGUUUUUUGUGUUCAAAAUGCCGAAAAGAAAGCGUGGUGAUUCAAUAAGUUAUAUAAGAAAGAAAAUUAAGAAGCUAGAAAAGAAGUUAUUAAAAGGAUGCCGCAGAUCUUCGUCCAGUUCCGAGCAGUCGUCGUCAGAACCACAAGAUGACAAAUUUAUGGAUUUGGAGAAUCCUGCAUAUCCAGUAGUAGAUCUAGAUGAGCCGGUACCAUCAACCAGCGCAUCAAAUAUACCUGAGGUUACACAAGAACCUCCUCCCCAAUCGACGGCUGUUGAAGCCGGAAUAAUUGAGAUUGAGGAUCAUCAACCGGAUUUAGAUGAAACUGUCCUGCAAAUAUUAGGAACAGAUCCGUUAACCACUACGAGUUUUGGUAAGGAUAUCCAGAAGGACCUAGCCACUCGUUAUGAACACAUAGCCACUUCUGGUUUGACGAAAGAACUCCGCAAGGAGCUUUUAGAAUCUCACUUACCUCCAGCUAACUGUAAGCUGAUUGACGCACCGUCUCUUAAUCCUGAGAUUAAAGCUGCUGUCACGGACGUCAUAGUGAAGCGGGACAAAGCUAUGCAGGCGAAACAGAAACAGUUAGGCAGUGCUAUCGCAUGUCUAAGUGAAGCUAUUACUAUUCUUUUAUCAAAAGAAACAAAAGAUCCUAAUAUACUAAAAUUACUCGUGGACGCAGGGCGCAUUUUGUGCGACUGCCAACAUAAUGAUUCUAUCACUAGACGUAACUUCAUUCUUGCUGUCUUGAAGAAAGAAUUAAAAGAUCAGAUGCAACUGACCAAAAUUGACAAUCUUUGUUUUUGGACAAGAGCUAGCCGACACAUUAAAAACUGCCAAGGCAAUAAAUAG